AUGUCUAGCUUGUUAGUGCCACAUGAGCUAACCAAGCUCGAGCGUGAGGCCAUCGUCACCCAUUUAAAAGGCCUGGUAGACGCCGGAGGAGAGGAAAUGCGAUCGUUCGAUUUCAAUCUGCCAGGGAGGCCCCCUUUGUUCAUCAAACAUAGCGAUGACGUCCUGGACGAGGCCGGUACCCAACACUUCUUUUAUCUUCUCGCCAAUAGCGACGAAUCGUCCCCUCGAGUUCCCAGAGUAUUCGACGCUUUCUAUUCCGAGGACGGCUACUGUCUCGUGGCCAUGGAGAAGAUAGCGGCGCCCACGUUGAGUGACUGUGGCAUUUCAGAAGAGGAAGCCGUAGAGCACGCUGCCUCUGCUGUGAAGUGGCUUCUAGACCAGCUACCUUUGGUCCCUCACGCAUGUUUCGGGAGAAUUUCAUCUAAGCCGGCUCCUGUAUGGCACCAGUUUUUCAAGGAGCAUCAGGCGCCACGAGCAUUCGCUGACCCCGACGAACUAGCUGAAUACGUUACAAAGGCGUCUCAGCUCUGCAGGCCGAACGCCCGGCCGUCCUCCCCUGUGAUGAAGGCGCUAUUGACGUCAUUCAAGAAGAGCCGCUGCAUCUACCACUCCGACAUCAAGAAGGAGAACUUCCUCUUCGACUCGAAACAAGUCUGCAUCGUUGACUUCCAGCACGUCGGCGUGCUCCCGGAGCCCUUCCAGACCUACGCUUUCUUCAACAUCAACAAGGCUUUUGCCGCCAGCGUCGGCAGAAAACUUGGCUAUCAGCCUUCAGUUACUGUUGACGCGAUGGUAAAGAUCUCGGGCGUACUUCAGCAGUGUGGCGGGACUGCCAGCCUGAGAUCUUAACUCGUAGGCGCAUAAUCGCGAAGGAAGCCCCAGGAUAUGUAACCGGUUUGGUUGAGUAGCUGGUGGUAGCUCUUUGACACUGUGUAUUAUCUCCUUUGUCUAUAUAUGUGAUAUCGUUGUGAAAUUUUGUAAUUCGAGACUUGGGAACCGGUGACGACUUUAC